CAUACCGCUCGCUCACACAAUUUCCAUUUCCAUUUCCCACUUCCAGUCCAACCACUCUUUCCCUAACUCCCUGUUUGUUUCUCGAGAAAAUUCUUUUUGUGUGAUUUUUUCAUGGAUACAGGUGGAAAAGUGAAGAGAGGAGCUGGAGGAAGAAAAGGCGGCGGUCCAAAGAAGAAACCCGUCUCCCGGUCCGUCAAAGCCGGUCUACAGUUCCCAGUCGGUCGGAUCGGUCGGUACUUGAAGAAAGGCCGAUACGCUCAGCGUGUCGGUACCGGUGCUCCGGUUUACCUCGCCGCCGUGCUCGAGUACUUAGCUGCUGAGGUUUUGGAAUUGGCUGGAAAUGCUGCAAGAGACAACAAGAAAAACAGGAUUAUCCCGAGGCAUGUGUUGCUAGCCGUGAGGAACGAUGAAGAGCUUGGAAAGCUUCUUGCAGGUGUGACCAUUGCACAUGGAGGUGUACUUCCCAACAUCAACCCUGUCCUUCUUCCGAAGAAGACCGAGAAGGCGGCCACAAAGGAGCCCAAGUCUCCAGCCAGGGCCACUAAAUCGCCCAAGAAAGCUUAAUGUGUUAAAACAAAUUCAGUCUUUUGUGUCACUGUAUGUAAUUUCCUAUCUGUAUGUGGCUUGUAGGGAAGCUUUUUAAUGUUGUUAGGAGUUAGGACCAUUUGUACUCUUUGUUUCCAUGUCAUUGUAGUGUUAAAACAUCCUUUGUUUUAAGUCAUUGAAAUGAAAUUGCAGCCCAGUUUGGUA